UUAGCACUUAAAGCCGGGCCAAGACCACAUAUGUCUCAUUCAACCAACUUCAUGCCAUCUUUGACUCCUUGGGGAAAUAGAUAACCACAAUACCAUUCCAUUACCUAGAAGCAUCACGCCCAGAAAACUUCCUGAAAGCUGCUCUCUGUCGGGGUCAUCUGCUUCACUCUUUCCAUCCCAAUAAAUCCCAACCAAGCCUCAACAAUGUCGUCAACAAAAGGUCUGGCCCUAGUCACAGGCGCAAACGGCUUCAUCGGAGCCCGAACAGUCGAAGCCUACCUCCUAGCCGGCUACUCCGUCCGCGCCGCCGUCAGAACCCAGCGCUCCGCAGACGAGCUCACCGCCGCCCUUCCCUUACAAGCCUCAUCAGGCCAGCUGUCUACGGCCAUCGUCCCAGACAUCAUAAUCCCAGGCGCCUUUGACGAAGCACUCAAAGGCGUCACCUCCAUAGCCCACCUCGCGACCCCCGUCAGCUUCGCCAACACAAAUGUCGAGGAGGUCCUAGGGACGGCCGUGCAGGGCACGCUCGGCAUCCUUGAAUCGGCGAUAAAGGAGGCCGGUUUAAAGUCUUUCGUGUACAUGUCGUCCAUUGUGGCGAUCCGGGGAUCGAGUCCCAAGUUCCAGGGGCGGGUUUUCUCGGAAGCGGACUGGAAUGAUGAGGCGGAGGAGAUUCUCGAGAAUGCGGGCGCCGAGGCGACGGGUCAUCAGAUUUAUGGCGCCAGCAAGGUGAAGGGAGAACGCGCUUUCUGGGACUUCAAGGAGAAGAAUAAGGCGAAGAUCAACUUCAGCAUGACGGCGGUCAAUCCCGUGUGGGUUGCUGGUCCGCCGCUCAUUCUCCCCGAAGACCCCAAGAGGCUCAGCGAUACUGCCAUCAUUGCGUAUCGCGUCAUGAGCGGCGAGGAGUUGCCGCCUGUGGGGCCUGGAAACGGGACGCACGUCGAUGCUCGGGAUGUUGGGCGGAUUAUCGUGUUUGCUGCCGAUAGGCCGGACGUGGCCGAUGGGCAGCGCUACAUUGCUGGUGGAAACGGUAACUUUGCCAACAUCCAGGCUUAUUGCGACCUGUUGAGGAAGGCGUACCCUGAUAGAAGGGACAUUAUCCAAGAGGGAGAGCCAGGCAAGGGGUAUUUGGAAGACUACGGCGAGCCACCCGAGUCACGAAGGGUCGAUGCGUCGAAAGCUUCAAAGGCCACUGGCCAGGGUUGGAUUCCUUUCGAUAAGAUGAUCUUGGAUGCUGCCAAGGCUUAUGAGAGGUAUUUCUAGAUACUCAUGUUUUCUUCUUUGCUAUUGAGCCCAUACUCUAGAAUGUGAGAAAAUAAGUUCGAAGAAAGGGCACAAGCUACCCUGAUACUGAAGAUUCACCA